UUAGCCGUACAUCAUGAAAAUAGUGAACGAAAAGGGAUAUUAUUUAGUCCCCAAUGGUGCUUUGAAAAAGGCUCCCUGUACGGUGGUUGGCAGGGCGGUACAACUAUAGGUCAAAAAGUUGAGGGUCAAAAGUUUACGUUUUGCACGACUUGCAAUCAUCUGCUCAGACAGAGUUUGAUGUCAAUGUUAUAGCACGAUCUUGACUAUCAGCACAAAAGAUAAAAUUGCUUUGAGUUACCCGUGUAUCAUGCUAUGGACUCCAGGUGAACCCUAGCGACUGAGCGACCUCAAUUACUGACGAAAGGAAAGAAAAAAAUGUUCUUUUCAUGAUCGAGACACAUUGUAUUUCAUAUUGAAUAAUCGACUGCGGUAUAUUUUCUAUCUGCUGUGUAAAUGUAUCAGGUAAAUCUUCAGUAACUGUACAAAAACCAAACGACUUUUGUCGAAAAAAAUACAAUUGUUUUAUUUAGAUUCUCAUUUUUCUGCCUGAAAAACAUUUUAGGGGUUAAGAUGCAGUCUGUCUGUUGAAUUCCACGAUACAGCAGCGUACACAAUCUACCCCAAGGCAAAGAUUUACAUCAAUUAGAUUUAGAUUCAGAGAAACCUUCUUGCAAAAAAAGAAAUGUAGAACAACUGCUGCUAAUUUAGAAUUAAUGAAGACUUCACAGGUACAUAUGUUCGAAAUGACAUCUAGUUUAAAUCAUAAAAUUAUAUAGGGAUGUGGCCUAUGCAAUACUUCAUUUAGUUCUGUUUUGCUCACUUGGUUAGACGUGUAGCCUUUAAAGACAAAACGACACAUAUAAUGUUGUUUAAAUCUUAUUUACAUCCUUGAAUACUUUUAUUUAUUUGAAGAAGUAUAUGACGAGGACUCUCUCUUGUUUUCUUUAUCGUUUAAAUAUAUAAUAGCAAUGAUUUACAAAUGGGUCAGCACUGGAACCAUUAUAGAUUCGUGGCUAAUGCUAAAUAUGGGUUGCAGAUUAAUAUUGACUGUGCUUGCAGUGUUCAAAGUACAGAAUUGAAUCAGAGAAGGACAAAUUUUGUCUAGGGCAUUAAUUUUAGAUAUACCGAAUGUCUGGUCACAGUUAGUUGCACUGUUGCCGUUUCGUCAUAUUAAACAUAAAGAUCAAGUCCAUUUUAUAUAAAGAUUGUUAGAAACCAUAAAGCUUUCACAUAUAUGUUUGUUAGAUCUUUGGAUUUACACGGUAGCAAGUUACAAGCAACCGGAGACAAUGUAUUUCGCAAAACAACAUUACAGUUCUACUUUGGAACUGGAGAAUGCGUGCUUUCGAAAAUCAUUGGUACACAGGUAAUGGGUUAGUUUAAAGAAAUAACAGAAAUUACAGAGAUAAACGAAAAUAACGCUGGUUACGAGCAGGCCGAAUGGCAUAACCCGUAUACCGAGAGUUUGCAAAAAGACGAACGAUUUCAUAUGCGGUACGAACAUAAAUGCAUUAUUCAGUAGGUAAAGAAGCCAUCUUUACUCGGAGUCCAUCUAACCUUCUUCUUCCCCCACCCCACCCGAUCGCAUUCCUCUUAAAACACAUAAUAUACAUUUACAAUACAGAUCUCAACAUACACUCACUUUAUGUAUGUAUGGACAAAUAGGAAUAAAGCUGCUGAUAGAGUAAGUGAUAAACGUAUAGAGAGGUCGCAUGUUUUGGUGAACGAGGAGAACGGCAUGCUAUAGUGCAACACAUAGAAAUGAAGAAAAGAAGGAAAUCCAUCAUGCAUAAAUUGACCUUUAUACCCCCUUAAAAAAUGAUCGGAAACUUAUUUCAAACGAAUAAUUUCGUUUUGCAAUGUUGACACUUGUUACUAGAAUAGUUUGUAAGAAAUUAAAAAAAUAUUCCUAAACGGCAAUAGAAUCGAUUGGGAACACUCGGCCGGUGAAUUUGAGGGGAAAAAAGGUCUACGUGUCACAAUUUUAAAACUGAAUGUUAUAGAUUAAAAGCGAUUUUUGCCUAAAAUAGGUUUCUUUAAGAAGGAUGACAUUCUCAAAUAAAAUGUUGAGGAUGAAAUUUGGAACACUUAGCAUAGGGAUGGGAGCACAAAUAAGAGGAUUUGAAAUCAAAUGCAGAUGUAUUAGUGAAACAAUACAGCGCUUUGUGCAACUUUUUUUGAAAGUUUAAAUUAAUUUCAAAUUCCUAAAAGCAAAUUAUCCGAUCACGGAUGUUGUUAAAUAUUAGUCGGUAUGGUCCCGAUUUGUUUUUUUCUCUGAUCAUCAAACAGAUAUUUACAGAUCUAUUGAUUUUUUCACUCGAAGUUAUAUUUACAAAUGUUUAAAGACGGUUAUCGAAUAGUCUCUAUAGACUAUAUAGGCAGUGUAGAGCCCAUGCAUUUUGGCUACUUUCUCCCCUCCACAAAGGUAAUGACCUGGGCAAAACACCCUGGUAUUUGAAUGAGCACUAUAGGCCUUUUAGAAAUAGCUAAGUCCAAGGCCGAGGUGAAAUUCAGGUCACCGCGUCUAACAAAUAUGAAAAUGUCGCCUCACGAAUGGCACGCCUUGUUACUUAACAAAGACUGUCAAUGUAUAAGAUUAAUAAGAAACAAAAUGCACACGGUGUCACUUUUCGGUCACUUCCAAACUUAGCUUCGCGUACCCCUUACGAAAUCCCAUUUCAUUGAAUAAAACCUUUUGUUUUGUUUCCCGGGUCGAAGUCCAAUAAAUGCACAGUUGUGCAGCUCUGUGGGAUGCGGUGCAAGCUUGCUCGAAGAUGUAUCUUCGAAAUGUACAAUUUUAUUUGUUUGAUUUUGUUUUUGACUCGGACUCCGGCUGUUUUGACCAUAUGUCCCAGAUAGAGAUGGGAAACAAGUACAUUUGGGCAUGGUACAAUCUAUUUGAUAAACCCCGAGCAGUGCAGAUGGAUUCGGACGGUCAAUGAAGAAAAAAUUACACCCUUAAUCAACUAAACUACUGAUUUGCUGUUCGGAAGAGUUAAGGCUGGUAAAGUGUAAUUUCUGAUUUAUUAAACCGCGAAACAAAUCUUCAAUUCAGUACCUCAGAACUUGGAUUCUCUUUAAUGUGAAACGGAUUUCUUCACCACGACUCUUUAUAAAAUUAAAAUUUGAUGCAAGUUCUUAAAAUGCCCAUGAUUUGGAAAUGUCGUAAAAAGCGUUAACUUUUCCUUUCUUUUUAAAAUGGCUGUAAAUCUAGGCUUGCAGUAAAAAUGUCAAACGUGCAAGCAGGCGAUGUAACACUUGGGGGUCUUGGCUCCAUCUCUGUUUAUUAUGAAAAAAUGCUCUGGCGACUGACCUGCAUUUGGACGUCUUCAGAAACGUUCUGUGUUUAUACGAUGAGCCUCUAAUUCCCUAUUUUUCGACAAAGAGCGUAAAUAUAGACAUGGCCCAAGCUAAUUACAGGACUGCUUUAUUUACUGGCAAGUUACUUGGUCGGUGCACAGCGAUGCACCCUAAGUCUGCCUAAGAGAAGAUGAGGGGUGGGCACAAUUAUUUUAGGAAGUUUGUCAGAAUAAAGGGUUUGUUUGGCAGAAUCUAAGAUUUUAUGAACAUAAUUUCGACAAAUUUAUUUCGUAAAAUGUUCAAACAAUAUUAUACACUGUUGAAAUAGACACAUUUAAUUAAGUUAUUCUAGUGGUAUGUAAAAUAAAAUCGCCCAAAAUAUUAAUGAUCCUAUUUAAAUUGUCCCACACAUAGCUUCUUUGAAUAGUGAGCAGUGAAAAUAAGCAUGUAUUAAUUACACCGAGAGUCAAUUGAUUUUACAGCUUGGUGUUUAAUUGAACGCGUUCUAAUGGACGAUUACACUGCGCUGCAAAACAGGGUGGGUUGGUAAAUGUACUCUACUAACUACGUGUUCCAGUGGUUGGAAAAUAUUCUCUCUCAUCAAAUGUGCCCUAAUGUGUCUGGAUGCAGUGUAUCGUCCAACACAUAAAAUUGAGAGUUUAACGCUUCCUUUAUUGACAAGAACGAAUGUUAUGAAUCACUUUUAUUACAGUCCAGAAAGCAUAUUUCAUAUGAUUACUUUGGAACUGUAACGCGCAAUGCACCAACUUGGCACUUUUCUGUUAUGGCAACUACUUAUUGUGUUUAUUUGGGAUAGAACUGAAUUCGAAUAUAAGCAUGGUAGGAUUUUAAUCAGGUUAACCAAUCCAAAAAGUUAAUUAGUUCGUACAAUUUUGCGCAAGUUAUUACUGCCUUUAAAAAAAAGGAAGUAAACAUUAGAAAGUGUUAUCAGAUAUUACUGGUGUUUUAAUCCAAUUCUAUAACAGGUAACAAAUAUUAAAAUAGCAUUUUGUUUGCAUUUUGUUUUCAUGCAGACGUGACAUGAAAUGAUAGAAUCACCUGGUAUUCAGUUUUUUUAGCUAUUAGCUAAACAGGGUGAUUAAAAAAAAGCAACUUUAUUUCAAAAUUCAAAUGUUCAAAAUUGAUAAAGUUUACUAAAUUCCCUGCAAUAAAGAUUCAUUCAAAUUCAUUGCUUUACUGAACAGUUGUGCUGAAUGCAUUCCCUUUUUUAAAAUAUAUAUAAAAGUAAUGCAAUCACUAUCCACGUUUACUGGGCAUUUCCAAUAACAAUGUUCGUUUCAUGUCAUUUUUAUUCCACGCAACACAAUUAAAUCAUUUUUCUUUAAAAAGCAAUCGAACAUUAAACUGACAGUUUGUUUUAACAAAUUUUAUUAUGCCAUGUAGGAAUACCAAUUGAUUACAUAACGUUUUGUAAUAUGCAUUAAGUAAACAUAACAACAUCUUCCGACGUUCGCUAGGGUUAUCGAACAUUUAGUUAAUGUAAUUUUACAAUAGGUUCUGCAUUAUGAUACUCGAAAAGCCUCAUGUGUUAUUAUAAUAAGUAUACUAUUUUCAGGAUUUUAUGGGAAUUCUUCUUUCAAGGACUGAAUCUCAGAAUGCCUUUAAUGGCAUUAUUGAUUCUCAAAUCCCCUUAAUGUCCCGCCGAUAAAUGGGCGAAAAUUGUUUAUAUCGCCGCAUUUUCGGAAAAGAAUGAACUAUUCCAGACAUUAUCAGACCGCUGUAGAUGUUAUCUUGUGAUAUUUUCCGCGUCACAACAUAUUUUACAAAUAUCUGUUUCGAUAAAAUAUCGCAACAUCAUUGUUUAUUUUAAGUUAUUUUACAAGUACUUCUUUUCCUGACUAUUUCAGUUCUUUUUUUCUUUUUAUGCGGCAAUGUAAUUUCAGGGAAACGAGAUUUUGAAUGAUAAUAUGGAUUUUUUCACUGGACUCCAUGCAUUUAUCAUUGGUGUAUUUCCUUAUCCGGGACCCACAGCCACUCUUCCCAUUGGCUGCCGACAUCACAUGAACAGCUAACUUUAUACACUUGACAGCAAGUAGGAGGGUUUUAUGGAACAGAAAAACGACAACGCGAGAAAAAUUAGUAUUUUGCACUUCAGAAAUUAAUGACCAUGAGUUCGUUUUUGAUAAACUCCAACUACGUUGAGCCAAAAUUUCCACCUUGUGAGGAAUAUUCUCAAAAUAACUACAUACCAAGCCAAUCUCCUGAAUACUACGAGCGGCCGCGGGACACUGGAUUCCAUCAUGAGGCACUAUACCCACAAUCAAACUACCCAGAGCCGACCUACAGCUUCAACAAUGUCCAAGGCACUGGCAACCAAGACAUGUCGCAAAGAGGUCAUAUCCAGUCGCAGGCUAGCGUCCAAAAUCACAUACCGAGACAGAAUCAGCUUUGUGAAGUGGUCCCAGUAGCCACACCAGCUUUGUGUAGCCAAAACGCGAAAAAUGCCACUGUACAGAAGGGUACUCUCAGCAAAGAGCCCAUAGUUUAUCCGUGGAUGAAGAAAAUUCACGUUACCAACGUGAACCCCAAUUACACUGGAGGAGAGCCCAAACGGUCUCGAACUGCUUACACGAGACAACAAGUAUUAGAGCUGGAGAAGGAGUUCCAUUUUAACCGUUACCUAACCAGGCGUCGACGCAUUGAGAUUGCACACACUCUUUGCCUGUCUGAACGCCAGGUGAAGAUCUGGUUUCAGAACAGAAGGAUGAAAUGGAAGAAAGAUCACAAACUGCCUAACACUAAGAUGCGUUCUGCUAGCUCAUCAUCUUCUGCAAGCCAGCAAACACAAGUAUCCUCCCAGGGCCCACAGCCAGAUGGUUCAGCACCAAAUUCAUCAAGCCUAUAGCUGCUUCGCGUCUCCAACCCCUCUCCCACAACAUAGUUUGGACCAAAAUGUGUUUGCCACAUAAUUGACUUGAAUGGGGAAGGAUUUCUUGCAAGGAAAAUUUUCUUCCAUGAGAUAUGCUACUAACCUCAUGAGGUCAAGCAUUUAUAUUGUGUUAACCCAUUCUCAGCAGACUUUUAAAAUGUUUUCUGUUUGAUUGGGUACAUUCAGUAUCCUUCAUUACCCCCACAUGCGAAGUUCUGUCAAAAUGGCUUCUACCAUGAUAUUCAAUGCAAAAAAGAGCAAAGGACCGUGAAUAAUAGAUAUUGUGAAGAACUGUAAGCGUCAUCAUUUCAACUAGUGUAGUCUGUUGAAAUAUUUGUGAGAAUAUAAGGAUAAACAUGUUUGUAGAAAAUGAGAAAGGCAGCAAUAUUUGUGGAUGUGGAAAUGUUUUUUUAGAGCGAAUAAACUGUUCAGAUGCUACAUAUAUAGGAAAUAAAUUAUGUCGCCAGCGUUAUUUAAGGUGUUUUCUUUAUUUUAAAUCUGUAUCCUCUAUAUAGUUGUGGUACUGAUAUCAGUGUACGAAUGUGAAAAGAGCUUAUUCAGAGAUUUCAGACGAGUUGUUGUAUAUUUAACAGUUUUGGUACAGUCCAAAUGUGACGAAACUGUACAAAUCAUUGGUAAGAUUUAUGUAUUUUCUGUGGAUAUUUCAGUGUGCUAUGUGCAGUGCCAAAAUGUUGCUAAAAUUGAAGACACCAUUUACUGUGUAAAAACAAAGCCCAAGGCUUUAAAUAAAAUGUUAAUUCGUGGACCAUCUCAGUUCUUACGUGUGCAAUUUACUUGCAGUCAGGAUGGAAUAAACACACAAAAACUAACAUUUCCUUCUACACUAAAACAUGACCAUACAUUUCAUUGAUUAACAAAAAAAAUGGUCACAUUCCUACCCUAGCAAUGCGGAUUUAAAAAAAAGGAAAAACAGGGUGUGAUUCGGAAGAAUAACUCAGCGAAAGGGGAUAAAUUAUAGUCCAGAUCUAUAAUUCAUCUUUCUACAGCCUCUGCACAUCAAGUUCUACGUCACUAGGUCGUAAAUAAUGCAGUAAAAUGUGAAGCGAUCAAAUAAUAAGUCAUCUACACGGUGGCGAAUGUCCUUUUAUAACCCUAAUUGUUGUAUUUCUGAUCCUGAAUGAGACUGUAAUCACGUGAAAUUAGUUUUAGAUGGACUUUGCAUCCAUGGGCCUGAGACAUGUUACGUUUAAAAUGCGAUAUCAAUGCUUACAUCAACACUCAUUCUCUGGGACCGGGAAACUUAAAUUGCCAGGGUAAAUACGCGAAUAUUUGCUGGGACACAAUUUUGUUCAUCUUGUUGAAAGGGGCUAAAUAAUUAAGCAACAAUUAUGUAAAUAUAAAGUCCUAGUUGACGAUUUCUAACGUUAUGAUAAUCUAAUCUGUCCCAUUAUAUUAUCUGCUUGAAAGAAACCCACAGAUAUCAUGGCUCCUGAAAAGCAGGCUAACCGCAGUAUUUUUGUGAAACAAAUGAUGCAUUCUUCAACAUCCUGAUGUCGAUUUUGAUACAUGGCUUUGAGUAGCAAUUGUUUAAAAUUCACGCUGGAAAGAUUAAUUCCAUGCUUUUAUUUUUCUCUGCAAAUUCUGCAGAUAAUAAGAACUAAUGAUCUCAAUAUACUCAAUCCACCCCAUGAGUGGUGAGGGAAAUGUAAUUAA